CCAUUCAAGUUUAACAGGACUAAAAAGUUCAAACUUAUUACUAAAUAUAAACCUUUUUGUCACUUAAGGACUUCUCGGGGAGUUUUUUCAUUUAUAAUUCAAUGUUUGCUAAAUAUAAGUUUGUAGUUCAAGAGAGAAAAUAAGGUUUGAGCCUGGGUUUGAGAUGCUGACUAAUAUUUUCCUUUCUCUCUCUCCCUCUCUCCGGUCUUACUGAACAAAUACCGGCAAUUUCUAGUAAAUGCACACAUCAAAACUUAACUUGGCCGACUGAAUGUGGAGAUAAUAGAAUAAACAUGAGUGAAAGAAUCGCUGAUUCUAGCAAACCUGACGAUUCUGUUCCUCUAGGAGAUCCUAAGCAAGCAGGACCGGUAAUCCAGAGACCGGAGCCAGGACGAUGCGGGUUCUAUGUUCAAAGAAAGAAAAGAUACUGCAGGAUGGUUGUGAAACCAGGAGCUCAAUACUGUGGAGAACAUACUCCUCUCCCGGCUACAGAACAUCAACUGGGAAUGAAUAUAUCUGAGCUCCGAGUGCCAUGUCCAUACGACCCAAAACACACCUGUUUUGCCACAAGGAUGGAGAAACAUUUGAAAAUUUGCAAUUCCAAACCUCCUCUCACCCUACCGGAAUAUAUAGUACCUGGAGUCAACAGUGGAACAGCAAGACCCUUGGAUCUGAAGUUAAACCAGGAGAAAUUGACGAUAGGAAACGUUUCUGACGAAAAGUUGAUAAAUAUCAUUGGACAGCUAAUGUCUACGUAUAAAAAGUUUGUCGAAGGAAACAUAGUUAUGGAACCAUUAGGGCACUCAGCCAUGGAAGAGGAGCUUAGCAACCCUGAAUACGGUCCAAGCGUGCUUAAACAUUUGGUUCAGAACUCUAGUCUACUGGGGCAGCUUGAUAAGUCUGGCCUGCUGGAAAAUGGAAACACGUUUAUUGAGUUCGGUAGCGGGAGGGGUCAGCUCACAUACUGGCUUACCAGAGCAGUCUCUGAUCCUUCCACUUGUCAGUUCAUUCUAGUAGAUAAGGCCAGUCAUAGACACAAAUUCGAUAACAAGUUACGGGACUGUGAAGAUAUUGAAUUGAUUCGACUCCGAGCAGAUAUCCAGGACUUGUUCCUAGCCGGAUUAUCUCCGUAUUUAACGAUGCAACGAGAGAACGUAGUUGGAGUAAGUAAGCAUCUCUGUGGAGUUGCAACAGAUCUUACCAUCAGGUGCUUGACACAGACCCUGGAGAGCUCCUGCUCCGAGUUAGGAGGUUUACUGAUAGCUCUUUGCUGUCAUCAUAGAUGUGAUUGGAGCCCUUAUGUUGGAAAAGAAUUUCUUACUGAGCAAGGUUUUACUGAGGAAGAUUUUUCUUUGCUAACAUCUAUCACAAGCUGGUGUACAUGUGGUUCAGGGAAACCUAGAUUACUACAGGGAGAGCAAGUUGUUCUCCAAGAUGAUCAUAGAAGUCCAUCUCUAGAAACAAUUCCUUCACCAGACCUGGCUCCGGAGCUAGAAGAACCUAGUUCUACUCUGGAGAUAAACCUUCCUUGUAUACCUUCUAAAGACCGGUACGCCCGUCUUCAACUUGAUCAGGCUACCAGAGAAGAAAUCGGCCGACAAUGUAAACGAGUCUUAGAUUACGGACGUUUAAAAUAUCUUGAGGAUGUGACGGAUAUGAAAGUGAAGCUGAAGUACUACGUGAGCCCCCAGAUCUCCUUGGAGAACGCUAUGUUGGUGUGUACUCGACCGUGUUCUAGUGGAUAGUUUACAGUUACAGGAUUGUAUUAACCAUAAAAUAAAUACUAAACAUAUUGCCUUAA